AUGCCAUUUCGGCAGCUGUUCCACCAGCAGGACGGCUCUCCUGACUUCCACGGGCAACAUGCAUUUCAAACAUCUCAUCCCCAGCUUGCCAUGGUUGACCCCGACUCGAUCGAUUUCACCGGGUGGCAUGAGAUGGACUUCACCACUGCUCCGCUCACCACCACUACUUCGUCACGGGGGACGCUGCUCAACCAAAAAUACUCGACCGCCAUGGACAGAGAUCAGGAUCCGCUGGCGUACCUUCGCUCUUCCAAUCACCGACAGGGGUCGACGGGUAGCCUGAUCACCUCUUCUUCCCAUCAACAGUCUCCCGAGCCACGAAGAUCCUCAGGAGACAUGUACUCCAACACCCAAUAUUCCUACUCCCAGCUUCUCAACAUGGAGGCAAAUCUUCCACCCAUGGAUCAGUCGAGCCUCACCAGCUCACGCGCGGAUGACGAUGCCACUAUGCUAAACAACGACAACAGUCUCACGACAACGUUAUCAGCCUCGGAGUCUCUCAACCCCAGCCGCUCCAUCACCAACCUGGAUCCUAUCGCGGCUUCGAUAGCAUCCAAGACAGACUCGACCGAGAAGCUCUGCCCUCUGAUUGCCGGCCAGGUAGACAGCUGCCAACCACAGCGCUGUGGCCCAGACGCACCUUGCAUGAACUUCACCACCCUGCCGCCCAUUGAGGAGUGCACAUCCGUCCCUUGCAUAACGGGGUCGACGAGCUCACCCAGUGAGACCAUGAUUAGUAAUGACGGCAUGUCGGUCGAGCUACAUCAGCGACCAAGCAUGAGCGCCAGGACAAGCACGACAGCCACCUCCCGUUCAGCGACUACUCGACGCUCGUCAAAUUCCACCACUGCAACCACGGCCGAGCCUGAUACCGUUCCUCUACCUCCUCGAAGAACUUCCGCCACCGCCGCGGCGCGCCGUCAAAAUCGAACAAGCCCGCCCACCAUGACCACAGCAGCGUCAAUGGCCUCGGACGACGAGGACGAGGAGCAGCCGACGACGGCGAAAUCCACGGCUCCAUCCAAAGCCGACGCCAAACAACGGGCCAAACAAGCCCACUCGCUCGUCGAGCGCAAAUACCGCGAAAACCUCAACGCCAAAAUCUCCCAGCUGCACAACACGCUUCAAGCGUCGCAUUACGGGCCCAAAGUGGGCGAGGACGGCGAAAUCGAAGCAGCGGCCAACAACUCGGCCAGCGGGCUCCCUCCUCCCAAGGUGCGCAAGAGCGAUGUGCUUACGGAGGCGAUGAACUACGUCAACCAGACCGAGGUUGAAAUGCGACACAUGGAAAAUGAAAUCCACAGACUGACCGAAAGAGUCCGGGUGUUGGAGAAGCUGGUGCGCUGCGAGGAUUGCAGUCUGCUCAAGCAGAUGGUGAAUCUCCAAGUUCAAGCGGUCUAA